CGGGAGGAAGUGCUGUGUAGACAGUUCGGCCAACUCCGUAAGAAAAGAAAAAAAAUAGAAAAAAAACACAAGGGAAGAAAAAAAAACUAAUUGAAAUUCUACAAUCGGGCGGGUUCAGAAAGACUUCACAAACUACCCCGAUCGGAGGAAAUCCCCGGCGGGUGACGCAAAAGUCUUGAGAGCUGGGGUGAUGGAGGACUCGCAUUUCAGCUCUUCAUACUUCUGGUCUCCUGUGCAGGGGCAGAUUGAGAAUGCCGUGUUUCUCAAUAAAGUAAAGGAGCAGCUUGGUCACGACAAAAGCCCCACAUACUCACAUGGCCCCGCCCACUAUCCCCCCACAGCAGUGGUGGCGGUCGCUGGGGGUCCCAUGGAAGCAUCAAGAACACUAAAACAGGAGCAUGUGCAACCAUCCCAUUCCUCACACAGUAUCACAGUUGUGCCGGUACCACCUUCUGGCAUCAUGACGGCAGCGGGUUUGGUCACCCUGGUGUCUCCGGUGUCUUCGGCUCAGUCUCUUAUUCCUGGACACCCGUCCAUGAUAACAGUCCAGACAGACAAGAAAAAUGACUCCUUGCCCUGCUCACCGGUGAUCAUCCCAUUACCCUCUAAACAGGGCAGAAAGAAGAAAGAAACACUCCCGCUAGUUGGCUCUCCUACUGGGACAGAUCCCUUGAUUUUGGGUCUUUCAGGACAGCAUCAUUCUACACACCCUUACAGCCUCUCCCCAGAAGAAGGGCACGCUGGGAAAGAAGGCGGCAAAACAUACAGGUGCCGGAUGUGUGGUUUGACGUUCUGCAGUAAGUCAGACAUGCAGCUGCACUCCAAGUCACACACGGAGGUGAAAGCUCACCAGUGUCCGCACUGCUCCAAAUCCUUCGCUAACACCAGCUACCUGGCCCAGCACAUCCGCAUCCACAGCGGUGCCAAGCCCUACACCUGCUCCUACUGCCAGAAGGCUUUCAGACAGCUCAGUCACUUACAGCAGCACACACGAAACCACACAGAAUCCAAACCUCAUAAGUGUCCUCACUGCACGAAAUCAUUUGCCAACUCAAGCUACCUUGCUCAGCAUGUGCGAAUACACACUGGAGUUAAACCGUACACCUGUAACUACUGCGAGAAGACCUUCAGACAGCUCAGUCACUUACAGCAACACCACAGGAUCCACACAGGAGACAGGCCAUACAAAUGUACACACAUGGGUUGUGAGAAGUCUUUCACUCAGCUUUCUAAUUUGCAGUCCCAUCGGCGUCAGCACAACAAGGACAAACCAUACAAGUGUCACCACUGUAAUCGAGGAUAUGUAGACGCAGCCGGCCUGGAUAUUCAUCUGUCCACUCACACGGUUAAGCAUGCUAAGCUGUACUCCUGUGGUUUAUGCCACCGCACAUAUACCUCGGAGACGUAUCUGAUGAAGCAUAUGCAUAAACACGCUCCGGAUAUGCUUCCAUCUCCACCUGGAUCAAACCAGCAUAGUCACAGUCCCGGACGAGCUGGAGGAAGCGGUUCAGAAGGAGACGGACAGAGCAGAAAUGAAAGGAGUGAUGUUUUCAUCCAACCGGUCGGUGUGCCGUGUGUGUAUGACAUGAACCAGUACAAACCGGUACCUGCAGCAGACGUGCAGUACAAAACUGUCAGCGUGUCUGACAUCUCGCCUCACAAAGACCUCUGCAUCACCGUGGAGGCUUCAGCCAUACAGGCGAACCACCUGAACUCUUGAGGAUCAAACUGUGGAGGUUAGAAAAACUGUUGUAGAUGACGAGAUCCACACAGAGCUGUGGAGAACGAAUUUUCUUAUUCACUUGCGCAUUGUUUGUGUGAAGAAGCAAGAGGAUUUGAAUGAACUCAAAUGAAGGAGGUAGACUUUUGUAUUGUUUUCUUUUCCUUUUUAUUUUUUUGUUACAUUUGUUGCUGUAAUCCUGAUCUUCCUCACAAAAAGCUUCCUUGAAGGCUGUGGCUGUUUCGGUGGGUGUCAUCUUCAUAUCUCCAGUCUGUCCAUGACGUUUCUGCUAGUUUCACCCGUUUAUAUGGUGGAUUUUGUCUGUAGGUGUUGGUACGAUCACUCCAGCAACACCAUUACUAUUGUUACUGUCAACAAGAAUGGUAAUAUUGUGUAUUGCACAGUAGGUUUGGAAAUUGUUUGUCUAUUUUUUUUCCAUUUUAAAAGGGAAGUGUGUUUGCAGUCAAACAAAGCACGUAUAUAUGAUUAUCAGAUAUAUUGUGUGUGAAUGAGUUAAGGAUGACCGCAAACAGGACACAAAUAUAUUAAGAGAUGGAUUUUCUGGAAAACAAAUGAUCAUGUUGUAGUGUUUCCAUCUGCAGAUGACAUGUAAUAUUCUAUUAUUACUGUUUUUACUGAUAUACUAUUUAAAAAAAGAGCAAUUAUGCACCCCAGACAUCAACCUCCAGACAUUACCAAAAUCAGACUACUGUUCAUUAACCUUUUAAAAUGAGAUAUUAAAAAAAUUAUAAUUGUG